UACGGAUGGCAUCCAUCAGUCAGUCAGCUGUCAAAUACGUGCAAAAGUGAUUUUGGGAAUCCUGAAAUUUAACAAAAACUUAGAAUAAAUCAGUGUAACAGUGAGGAUCUUGCGAACACUACAUAAGCGCAGUGUAUAGUUUAAAAUGUAUUGAAGAGAAACACAAAAAAAUACAAUGGGUAAAAAUAAAAUGAUCGCGAAAAGCUGUCCGAAGUGUGAGAUGCAGGUGGCCGUAGCAUCCAAAGCCUGCAAAUGUGGGCACACAUUCUUCGCGGCGAGACGCGGCGCCGACAGCUUACCAGCAGCAGAAGACAUGAAGCGACGCACCGGCCGCGUGAGACGAUCGCGAACUCAGUUCUAUGACGCGCAGCAUUACCAGAAGCAAAUUAAGAGAAGGUCUCCCAAAAAGAGAUCUCUGUCUCGCUCACUGGAUUACGACUACAAAGGAAAAGAGAAAGAGAGUGCAACAGCAGUAGCUAGACGCAGACGCGCCCUCCGCCGCGCCAAGCGUUCCCCGCCGGCAUCCGGGGAACGAACCCGUGACCCUACUCCGCAGCUACGACCCGCUCAGUUGGCCCGCUGCCGGCUCAUACUGCACGAGAUCAACCGGAAACUACAGGCGGUUACCUGGGCGCCGCCAUCUUAGUGCUAGUGAUGUGACAUGAUCAACAGUUGAAGUAUCAAUUGAAAUUGAAACUCUCGAUUGUCUUCUCAUCGAUAAUUUGCACUUUACUAUUAACGUCAUCUUAGGUGCUCGGUCACGUAAGCGCCGCCAUUUUAGUUGAUCGAUUAUGUAGGCGACGCCUUAAGAUAGCUUAAGGCUCAUUCAGAGUGGAAGCGCGGCCGAGUCUUUACAUUUGCGCCAAAAUGACUUAGAACCACACGGACAGUCACUUAACAGACUCCCUAUCAUUGUGAACGAUAGGAACCUAGCAUCAGCUAGAAACGCCAGCGCCUCACUCAAAAUGGGGUCUUACAGCUCGGUCACGUGGGCCGCCAUUUUAGUGCUAGUGAUGAUCGACAGUCUUAAGCGAAACCAAUUGAUACUCUCGAUGGUCUUGCCGAUUUUAAUUGAACUGUCAUAGAUAUAAAAUUAGCAUUAGAAUUUAGUUUAAAUGUAAAAAUGUGUAUUUGUAAUCCAAUUUUUCUCUCUCAUUGUAUUAUUUUAGUGAUAUUAAAUGUAAAUAAAUAAAUGCUGACAUAGUAUCUAA